UUAAUAAAUAAAUUAGAGAAAAAAAAAAUUCAUUUGGAAUUAAAAAUAAAUUAAUUAAUUAUUGCAAUCACAAAUUUCCAAUUGUUUAAAUUACAAGCAUUUCCUGUUAAAAAAACGACUAUUCAAUGUUUAGUUAAUAAAUAAAUUAGAGAAAAAAAAAUUCACUUGGAAUUAAAACGAAAUGGAAAAUUUUUAAGAGUUUUUUUAAUUGAAAUAAUAUUAUAGCCGACUUGUUAUCAACAAUUCGGGUCUUCCCCUCUUGCUGUAUCUCUUAUCGGGUCUCGAGGGGUUCAGGCGGAGAUUAUCAUUUUCUUAGAGACUGAUAUAUUCGAGAAUAUUCAACAUGGCUGAUCCCACGAUACAAACUUUCUGCUGUCGACACAACAAUAAAACAGACAUGUCUGUUAUCAUCAUGCAAGAAUUUAAUACAGACAUUUACAACACCGUCUGCAUAUUAUCAUCAGCUAUGGGAAUACUAGGUGCUCUCUAUCAGAUAUUACCGAGGGAAGAAACGGCGUAUCAGCACCGGUGGCAAACAUUUUCCGGCUCGAGGGGACGAGAGAUCAUCAUAUGGCUGGCAGUUGCUGAUUUAUUCGCGUCAUUAGGUGUUUUUAUCAGAUCUACCCUCUGGUUAAAUUACAAAACACUAAUGCCAGGAGAGAGUGACACGUCCAGUGUAAUUUUUUGUGCAGUAUCCUCUGCAUGGAGUCAGUACUUCUACAUGGCAGCGUGGAUCUGGACAUUGUGCUACGCAGUCGACAUGAAGCUUCUCCUGGGUGAGAGACCAGGAAGACCAUCCUGGUACCACUCUGUCGCCUGGAUCUGUCCAGGAGUCCUCACGAUUUUCGGAUUGUCCAUCCUCUACCUCCCCGAUGCCAACUGCCAUGAAGCGACCACUCUAUCAACAGCUGUUUUAAGGAUUCUUCCGAAUUACUGUGCGACUUACGUCCUUCUUGCUCUAGUGAUGAUUGUUAAUCCAGUGCUUUACGUUAAAUCAACCCGAGAUUUGGAGAAUGCCGUGACAUGCAGCCUCGCGCAGAUGACGAGCAGAGAGAGAAAGCUCGUUAAAACAAUAAAAUUGAAAUUUGCACUAAUAAAUAUUGUUUAUUACAUCUGUUGGCUGCCAAAUCUCAUAAACGGAAUCCUAUUAUGGAGUUUGUGGUUGAAAUUACCAGUGAAAAUUAUCAUUACUCUGUGGUACAUUAUGGCGGUGACAAAUCCACUUCAAGCAUUUUUUAAUGCCAUUGUUUAUCAGAGAUGGGGGAGAAGAGAAAAAUUAAGUGGUUUAUGGAAAAAAUUGUUGCCAUGUGCCUCUGGUGAUCAAUCAAAAGACAAUUUUAAUGAAUUAAAUGAAGUUUCACCAUUAGUGACGUCCCCCUACGGCUUCACACCCCACACCAGCAUCAACGGCUCGUCCUCAUUAUGAUAAUUACUAAUAUGAGACUGA